CUGUUAUUGGUUGCCUAACGCAGCCGUGGAGGACCUCGAGUCCAGAACGAGCGCGCUUUUCCGUUGCGGUGACAACCGCGGCCGCACUCGUGUCCAGAUGGGACCGACAGCUGCUGCCACCGGCGCGACGACCGCGACGCAGUCCCCGAGACGACUCCGGAUCGCGCUUCUCCUGCUAAUCGGGGUGCAGCCUGUCCUCUGCUUGGAGAAUGGGCUUGCCAGGACGCCACCCAUGGGAUGGUUAGCUUGGGAGCGUUUCUUGUGCAACGUCGACUGUGCCGAUGAUCCUGAAAACUGCGUCAGUGAACGGCUGUUCAAGGAGAUGGCCAACGCGUUCGUGAGCCAGGGUUACCGGACAGUCGGAUACCAGUAUGUGAACAUCGACGACUGCUGGAUGGCGAAACAACGUGACGCAUACGGAAGGCUGCAGGCGAAUGGAACCCGGUUUCCCAAUGGCAUCAAGCACCUGGCAGACUUCAUGCACGAUCGUGGCCUGAAGCUGGGGAUCUAUGGCGAUGUUGGAACAAAGACGUGCGAAAAGUAUCCCGGCAGCAAGGAGUACCUGUUCAAGGAUGCCCAGACUUUCGCCGAAUGGAAUGUGGACAUGGUCAAGAUGGACGGCUGCUUUGCCAAUAUUACAGAAUACAAAAAACUGUACCCGGAGUUCGGCAACGCCAUCAACAAAACUGGACGACCGAUGGUCUACUCGUGCAGUUGGCCUGCCUAUCAAGUCUUUUCUAACAUGACUCCGAACUACACGUUAAUCGGCCACCACUGCAAUAUGUGGAGAAACUAUGCAGACAUCGCCGACACAUGGCGAAGCGUGGAGGGUAUCAUUGACUACUAUGCGAAGAACCAGGAUGCGCUGGUCGCUGCAGCCGCGCCGGGACGCUGGAACGACCCGGAUAUGUUGGUGAUCGGUAACUUCGGUUUGAGCUACGACCAGAGCAAAGCCCAGAUGGCACUCUGGGCUAUAAUGGCCGCUCCUCUGCUCAUGUCUCACGACCUGCGCCAUACGCGCCGCGAAUUCAGGAAGAUAUUGCAGAACACAGGCAUCAUUGCUGUAAACCAGGACCCACUGGGAAUAAUGGGAAAAAGAAUAAGGAAGGAGAAGCGAGUGGAGACGUGGGUCCGUCCGGUGACACCCGUAGUGGGCACUGCCUACUCGUACGCGUUGGUCUUCUUCAACAGGAACGGCAUGGGCAACACCCGAAAGCACGUCACGCAGCUCAGAGCUUUGGGACUUGAACACCCGUAUGGGUACCGUGUGACCGAUCUCUUCGAGAACAGGUAUCUGGGACACUACUACCCCGACAGUUUCCUCAAGGUACGAGUAAACCCAUCGGGUGGUGUCGUCAUGGUGAAGGCGGAAGCGGUGAAGCCGGUGCCUCCUGCAUGUCCAAAACCGUGUCUGAAGUACCCACAAAAGCAGCCGCAAAAAGUACUUAAUCAGAACAACGAAAACGGCACAGGCACCCCGUCGAGUGGUGCCGCUUUGGGGGGCGUGGAACCCGUGAAGCCACAAGUGUCUUCCGUCUCAGCGGCACCGUCUUCGACGGUCCCGAGCCACGGAGAGACACUAAAUGGUGCGGAACCCGUGGCAAGUGCUGGUGUUACAGGGACUUCAGCGCAGCCAUCACUGCAGCCCAGCUCUGACCAUCGGUAAUGACAUCGACUCACCCAACGGUUCCACUGCGGCAGUCAAAGGUUUCAGGCAAAGGCACUAGUGUCUUAAGGCUGUGCUCAUAGCCCGGCGCUUACAAGAAACGUCCUAGGCCUCCUUGUGGAAUGGCGCAAAAUAGGAAAAACACCAAAGAAGAGAAGAAGACACAAACAAAGCUUGCGUGUCUUUUUCUCUUCUUUGGUGUUUUGUCCUAUUUUGCGCUGUUCUGCAACGAACCAUUACCAACUUGCCCAGGUUACCACUUUCCUUAGCCAAUUACCUUCGACACCGUGUCGUCGUUUCAGGAUUUACAUCUGAUCCCCAGCAGCAGCUAUAACAAACGCGAUACCCGUGUGAGUUGGCCAGUGUUUGUUGAUAAGAAAUCGUUUUGUGUAUAUAUGAUGAUGGUAUCGGGAAAACGGUUAUAUAAUUAGGGAUUCAAGCAUAAGGAACCUUUGCGGUUAGGUUAUGUAGCGCGUUAUAAGUUUGCUUGUACCAGUUGCCUUGCCUGGUUUUAUUUAGGCAGUUUGCUCUUUUAGUUCACUCUGCUCUGCUCUUCCUCUUCACUACAUAUCGAAUGAAAUUUAAGCUCUACUGCUUUAUGCGGCAUCGCGCACCAAAAAAUGAACGCUACAUGCAAGCGUCAGAGACGCUUGUGAUUAAUGUGUGGUUUGGUAGCACUACCAUAAGACAUUUAGCGAUAUUAUAGGCGAACUGGCUUUUGUAUAAGUAAAAUUACGCAUGGCUGCUUGAUCUAGUCGCCGCUUUCCAGACUGUUCUUGAUGGAAAUUUUCUUCACACAUUCGCUCUUAUUUGAAAGAGGAGGCUGCUCCUGACGUCAGUUUGAAUGUCAACUAGAUUCCUGAAUAAGGUGUGCUGAUUCGAACAUUUAUGCCAGCAUGGAAACUUUUCUCCAUAAAACCAAAACAUAAAGUUUCGACGGAGCUCUUUACUGUUGAAGCAUGUUGACGUGCGGUUUUGUUUAUUUAUAAAAUUCAGUUGCGUCUACAGUAGUUUCUAAGAGUCCACAAAGCAUUGCCAAACUCUGCAGAUGCGCAGGGGCAAAUAUUUUUCAUGGGAACUACCUUCCGUUAAACGUCUGCCCUGGUGGGGCGUGGGAAGAUGGUGCAAAAUAAAAUAUCAAUUUUAAAAUUUUUUUUUGCGUGCCGAGCGACCGGAAGCAUUGCAUAUCCUUCUUCGAUAAAGAUGUUGGAGGAGGAGGAAAAUUUUCAGCGCCGACGACGAACGUCCAGAAAGAAGAGACGAGAUAAGCACUUGUCUUGCUUGCCUCUUCUUUAGGGUCUGUCGUGGUCUGCGCUGAAAUUCACAUCUUAAGAGUUAUGUGCCAACUAGGCCCAAGCGAAAUUUUAUUGUAGGAGGAGGACUCUGUUGACUAAAAGUGGCUCUAACUUUGCAAAAUAUGCCAUAAUGUCCCCGCGCGAGCGCAUUCUUCGACUGAAUCCUAGAAAGACUUGUUGCUCUUUAAAAGCACGGUGCACACGGUGAGCAAGAUGGCUUGAAGAGAGUGCCGGAACAGUACGCAUACUGACGGUCCGUGAGCCAACCCACGCACGGGGCUAUGCCAGACCCCCCUCCCCUCCCCCAUCCUUCACCUCCCAUUUUUCGAGACAACGCCCUAAAAAUGAGUGAGCCACUCUCUGCGAAUCAAAUGUUGGAGAUUCGCAGAACUUCAGGAGCAGUCGACAAGUUCUUUCAAGCGUACAGCCACAAAGACGUACAGCUAACUAGCGUGCGCGAGCGGCGACUUUUCUGUGCGCCAGCGCCAUAUGACGGAGCCGAGUUGUAAACGAGACGAGGGUAAACACGUGCCCGCAAAGCGCACUCGGUUGGGCUCAUCGUCUGCUAGGCUAUUCCUCUUGAAGGACGUCAACCCAUAUUAGUGCACUUCCGACGAACCAUGUUCUUCGGCUUAUCUCACGGUUGGUGCCGUGCGGCGUAUCUUUGAAUUUUAUUUUCCUCGAUUGCUUGCUGCAACGUUCAUCUUCAGAACAGGAAAACUUGAGCAAGACAUUGGCCUACUCACUGCGCCGGUUCGUGUGAGGUGCGCUGAUACGGGGUGAUGUCCUUAAAGAAGAACAUCCUAGCAGACGAUAGGCCCAGCUGAGCGCGCUUUGUGGGCAUGCCUUUAGCCUCGUCCUGUUUAGAAUUUGACUUCGUCAUAUGGCACUGACGCACAGAAAAGUCGCCGCUCGCGCACGCUAGUUAAGAAUUUGGGCAGCUGUAUAUGUUAGUAAUAUGCCUGCUGCCGAAAAAUAUCCUUUUUUUUUCGCUUCACUCUUAAACAUUUCCGGUUAUGCACUGUUUCAGGAAAAAUAAGCAUUUGUACCUUACACAGCGUCAAUUGUCGGCUGUGCAGAUAAUUUGAAGCUAUAAAACGCUGUUUUGUUUGAUAUUUGCUCACACAUAUUUGUGCGUUAAAGGCAUUUGUAAUGAACAAUAAAGAAGAAUU